GUUUUGUUCUUCUCCGCACACUGCAGCGUUGUGCGGCCGCGGCGGGCAGCGGCGACAGGCAGCAGCCAGCGCGGCCCCCGCACUCCCGCGCCACGGCGCAAAGGGGGAGUUUCUCCUCCUUUGUCUGCUCCCGGCGCCAGCAGCAGCCGGUGCGCAGCGGCACUGGGGCGGCCCGGGAACGGCCUCGCCAGGAGCCGCGCAGGACGGCGCCCGAGGUCCGCUCUGCCCCUGCACGGCCGCGGCCGGCCCGGGCCAGCCGAGCUCUUCAUGACGGAAACCCGACCGGCGAGAGUCCGGAGCGGGGCCGGCGGCCGUGCCUGGGGACGGCGAGGACGGCAGCAUUGGGGACAAGGACACCCGCGUCCCGUCCCGCCCGCGGCGGCCGCUGCCGGCCAUGGGCAACGGCAUGAGCCAGAUCCUGCCUGGCCUCUACCUCGGGAACUUCAUCGAUGCCAAAGAUCUGGAGCAGCUGAGCCGGAACAACAUCACCCACAUCGUUUCCAUCCAUGAAUCUCCCCAGCCCUUGCUGCAGGAUAUCACCUACCUCCGCAUCCCCCUGCCUGACACCCCUGAGGCUAACAUCAAGAGGCACUUCAAAGAAUGCAUCAGUUUUAUUCACCAGUGUCGCCUGCACGGAGGGAACUGCCUCGUCCACUGCCUCGCCGGCAUCUCCCGCAGCACCACCGUGGUGGUCGCCUAUGUCAUGGCCGUGACGGAGCUGAGCUGCCAGGAGGUGCUGGAGGCUGUGCGCAGCGUCCGGCCCGUGGCCAACCCCAACCCCGGCUUCAGGCAGCAGCUGGCCGAGUUCGGCAGCGGCGCAGCCCGCAAGGUCCGCCGGCACCUGAAGCAGAGGUAUGGGCCAUCCCCUUUCGACGACGAGGAAGAAAUAAGGGCCUUGCUGCCAGCAGGGAGAAGAGGAGCAUCCAGGACGGAGGGAGCAAUGCAAGGACUGGUCCCAAGAGCCAGAGACAUGAGGAGCACAACUCCCUUCCUGCUGAGGGUGAAGAGGACGUUCUCCUGCAUCCCAGCUUGUCUGAAGAAGGAGUCACCCCCCAGCACCCGCCCGCGCAGACACGGAGCGAAGCGCUGCAUGACUCGGCGAGCAGAUGGGCUCACUGCCCCCCGGCCACGGACCCGCUUUGCCGCGGCUGCGAGGCGCAUGGCUCGCUCCCCGCGGCGCCCCUCGCGUCCCGUCCCGCUCCCCCCGCGCCUCUCCGGGCAGCCGGCGCACAGCGGGAAAGGGAAAGUGAAACCCGGAGCGGCGCUUUCGCUUUCGCCACCUCGGCACGUUUCCUCGGGCCGGGCCGGGCGCGGGGCCGCGAUGGCGGAGUCGGGGGGACCGCUGAGGCUGAAGGAGUGGCUGAUCGCGCAGAUCGACAGCGGCCGGUACCCGGGGCUGCGCUGGGAGAACCGGCACCGGACGCUGUUCCGCAUCCCCUGGAAGCACGCGGCCAAGCAGGAUUACCGGCAGCAGCAGGACGCCGCGCUCUUCAAGGCUUGGACUGUCUACAAGGGGAAGUACCACGAGGGGAUGGACAAAGCUGACCCCUCCACCUGGAAGACUCGUCUCCGCUGCGCCCUCAACAAGAGCACAGACUUCCAGGAGGUGCCUGAGAGGAGCCAGCUGGACAUCUCUGAGCCCUACAAGGUGUAUCAGAUCAUGUCUGAUGGUGCCCACAACACAGAUGUCACGGGUUCCUUCCCUGGGGCUGUUCCUGACUGGGAGAUCAGUAGGUUUUCCUUACUCCCUGCAGAGAAGGAUGGUGACAUGUCCCCAGCCAGCAAAGAUCCACAGGCCAGUGCCACCAGCAGUCCGGAGAGCCAGAAGGACACAGUGGAGAAGUGGCACGUGUGUCCACAGACCCCGCUGUCUGCCCACCUGGCUGAACGAGGCUGCCACAUGAGGGGAGCCUUCUGCGCCUGGGACCCGACCCACAGCCACCUCCUCCCCAGACUCCCAUCCUACCUGCUCAUGGAGGACGUCAGCCACUCAGACUGCUGGCUCCACAUCCGCCUGUACUACUGCGACGUGCUGGUGAAGGAGGUGACGACGCACACGGCCGAGGGCUGCCGCAUCACGUCCCGCGCUGUGCCGGCCGACAGCGAGCGGCUCUACGGCCCGUCCUGCAUGGAGCAGGUGGAGUUCCCGUCGCCGCGGGCACUGGGCGGCACCGGCCACGGCGCCGCCAUGGCACACGUGCUGCAGCAGCUCCUGCCGCACCUGGAGCGCGGGGUGCUGCUGUGGGUGGCGCCCGAGGGGGUCUUCAUGAAGCGCCAGUGCCAGGGCAGGGUGUACUGGAACGGGCCGCUGGCUCCACACAAGGACUGGCCCAACAAGCUGGAGAGGGAGAAAACCUACAAGCUGCUGGACACGCAGCAGUUCCUGCAGCAGCUGCGGGAGUACCUGAGCCACGGGCAGCCCACGCCGCAGUACCAGAUCCACCUGUGCUUCGGGGAGGAGUAUCCCACCAGCACCGGCCACCACCUCCAGAAGCUCAUCAUGGCCCACGUGGAGCCGGUGUUCGCGCGGGAGCUCUUCCAUCACGCCCAGCGCAUGGGACCGACGCUGCUCCACGGUUCCCCCCAGCCCUAUGCCCCCGGUGCCUCCAGCCACAUCAUCCGCGUCCUCAAACAGCUCUGCCAACCCUGAGCCUGGGCCGGCACCACACAAUAGCUCAGUCGCAACAAGAACCUUGGAGCAGGCUGCCCUGCAGCCCCACAGCCCCGGGCGCUGCGGUGUGUGGCGGGGUG